UCUCCAACAAACUCAUAACCGUAGAUAUCCCUUCUUAUCAACGAUCACGAUCUUCCCAAUUUCUCUCAGAAUUUUACAAUAUAAAUUACCCAAACACCCCCUUCCCAUAACAUCAUCAAGAAAUCAAGAAUCAGUUAAUCGAUCUUUUCUAUCCAAUCGAAAAUGGCGCGUACUAAACAAACCGCUCGUAAAUCCACCGGCGGCAAAGCUCCCAGAAAACAGCUCGCAACAAAAGCCGCCCGGAAAUCCGCUCCGGCGACCGGCGGAGUGAAAAAGCCUCACAGAUUCCGUCCCGGAACAGUCGCCUUGAGAGAGAUCCGAAAGUAUCAGAAGAGCACCGAGCUUCUCAUAAGGAAGCUUCCGUUCCAGAGAUUGGUUAGAGAAAUCGCUCAGGAUUUCAAAACGGAUCUCCGGUUUCAAAGCAGUGCGGUUUCUGCUCUGCAAGAAGCGGCUGAAGCUUAUCUUGUUGGUUUGUUUGAGGAUACGAAUCUGUGUGCGAUUCAUGCGAAGAGAGUUACGAUUAUGCCCAAGGAUAUUCAGCUUGCGAGGAGAAUCAGAGGGGAGAGGGCUUAGAAACGUUCUUCUGUUAGGGUUUGAUUCAUAUGUUUCAAAGUUAGUUUAAUAUUCCAUGGGAACAAAUUUUCGAACUCUAAGAUAUCAAUGUUUUACUCUAAGAUGUUGUGAUAGUUUCAUUAAUUUGAAUAAUUUUGGUUAGUGUUUUAAAAAUAUCUUAAAGAGAGUGAUUUAGUUUA